UGCCUUUGAAGAGCUUCCCCGCAUGUAGUCCCCUAGAUGGCAAUCCAGUACCAAUCCGUAUCGCACGCCUUGCCAGUUUAUAUCAGAGAGAGGGACAACAUACCCUUCUUCGAACCCAACUGAACAAAAGCACAAAGCAACUGAGCGCCAAUACCAAAUUAUAACUCCAUCUUGAACAUGACACCAACCUCCACAACCACUCAUCUCCCCCCUCUGCCACUUCCCCCAGGAGUCUCAGAAAACUACGUCCACUGCCCCUCUAACGGCCUUACCUUCCACAUCUUGGAGGCGGGAUAUACUCCACAGCGCGACAAGCCUCUCAUCAUUCUGUGUCAUGGCUAUCCUGAGCUCGCCUUCUCUUGGAGAAAAAUAAUGCGUCCCCUUGCAGAAGCAGGUUACUAUGUCGUUGCUUUUGACCAGCGCGGUUACGGACGGACGACAGGUUGGGAUACUGCAUCGUUCGAGCAGACGGACAUGGAGCAGUUUCGGCUGACCAAUGUUGUAAGAGACGUUGUCAUUUUAGUGCAUGCCUUGGGAUAUCGAAAAGUAAAGUGCAUCGUUGGUCAUGAUUUUGGCGCUGUGACAAGUGGAAUGAGUGCGUUGAUGCGACCAGACCUGUUCGAUAGUGUUGUCAUGAUGAGCCAUCCCUUCAAGGCCCCCGCAACUCUGCCCUUCAAUUUAGCACACGGCGAGGGAGACAUACCACCACCACCCGUCGAUAUUCAGGCUGAGCUUGCAAAGCUACCAGAACCGAGAAAACAUUACAAAUACUACAACAGCACCGAGCCAGCAGGACGCGAAUGGUCGACUCCCGUACAAGGGCUCAAGACAUUCCUCCGGGGCUACUUGCAUGUCAAAUCUGCGAAUUACUCGGCAAACAAUCCUUCUCCACUGAAGAGUUGGACGGCGGUUGAACUGGCCAAAAUGCCACAUUACUACAUCAUGCCACGCCACAAAUCCAUGCCUGAGGCCAUCGCCGCUAUGAUGGAAAACGAGGACGCUGCUGCAACAACUUCUUGGAUGUCUGACUCCGAUCUAGAGGUUUACGUGCAGGAGUGGCAACGAACAACAUUUCAAGGCGCGUUGAAUUAUUACCGCACGACCACGGACCCCGGGCGAAUGGAUGAUGUCGCUUUGUUUGCAGGAAAGAAGAUUGAGUGUUCGAGUACAUUUAUCUCAGGCAAACAAGAUUGGGGUAAUUACCAGCAGCCUGGCGCUUUGGAGGCUUUCUCCGAGUCUUGUGCGGAUUUUCGAGGAUGUAGAUUCAUCGAGGGAGCUGGGCAUUGGCCGCAGCAGGAGCAGCCAGAGAAGGUAGUUGAGGAAAUUUUGGCGUUUCUUGAGGGGCUGGAGGCGGUUCGCUAGCUGCUAGCCAGGCCGGCUUAUGGCAACCGAACACUUCACGCGACACUACGUACCUGUUCUGUGUUCUCAUGCGAUAUGUCUUUUACGCACCUGUCCUUGUCAUGUCCACUUUGCGAUUUUAUCGCAUCACGCUUGUAUGAUUUAUACCAGUCUUUGCAUACCGCUUCGGUGCCUGGCCGAUAACGCCUGUCUUUUGUAAUCUUCCUUUACCGCCAUUUUCCUCGCCUUGUCCUGAGCUACGAUUUGUCGGGCAUGCUUUAUCUAUCAACUUGUGUGUAAACGUGAAAUUGUUAUUACAUUUGGUUACUCAAAUUUGCC